UCUUCAUUCAUCGCUCGGAGCUCCCGACAGGUGAACCGCAGCACGCUCUCCGCGAAAAACUUGGCAUCGCUUCGGUCAUCGAUCAUCGAUCAUCGAUCACUGAUCACCGGGAUCAGCUAUUAUUUUUUCAUAUUUUUCCUUUGUAAAUUCCGUGUUCGGGACACGUUUUGCAUCAUGCAGCUGAACGAUCACUGGCGAAAGAUCGUGAAGACCUUGAUCUUUGCGUUUCUAUGCACUGAAAUGCAAACAACCUAUACCCAUCGUGAUCUGGCGGCCAAACGUGGCAUAGGCCUGGCCGAAAUGGAUGCCAUUGCAGCGGCGACUGGAGAGGAUCGGUUCCGGCCGAAAAUGCCAGCCCCACACCAGGCAUCCAUAAGAUUGUUGGCCCUGGAGCGGGAUUACUUCGGCAAGGGACACAUCUGCUCGGGCGCCUUGGUGGCGCCCUCUGUUGUGCUCACCGUCAGCAGCUGCAUCUUCAGUCAGGUGAAGAAGAACUACUACCAUCCUUCGGAACUGCGCGUUAUGCUCGGCAACCCCCAGAGAUUCGCCCCGCAUGAGCGGGGCCUGUUCUUUGGAGUGACCCACAUCCACCAGCCUCCCAAGGACUUGGCUCUGGCCAUUUUAAUGCUGGAGAAGGAUGUGCCUCUGGAUCAGACCCAUAUUCAACCAAUUGGUCUACCCUCUCCUGGCACCACUUCCGUUCUGGAUUCGGAAUCCAGUAAUCUGCUGCAGAUCAGCACUUGGGGCUAUGACGCCGAGAUUCGCGAGCUGCACGACCUGGUGACACUGAAUGCCACCCACACAUCCUGCCACCAGCAGCAGAGCAAGUCCCCAAGGAUUUGCGUCCAGCCGGAGGCCACCAACUCCACUCCGGGCCAGCUUUACAUGGAUGCAGGUGCCACUCUAACGGAGCGGGAUCGCCUGCUAGGUCUGAGGAGCAUUGAUGGUGGCUUCGAGGACGUGGCCAGUCAUGUGGAGUGGAUCCUGGCCAAAAUUGGAGAUGGUGGCCAUCAGAACAGCUCCAUCUGGGGCAUCCUGGGAUUCCUGGUGUUCACCGGCUACGUCAUCACCAUCAGCAGCAAGAGCUUUUCGACCUAAGAGGUCUGAAGAGGAUCCAAGGGGGCUUAUGAUCUUAGCAAUGGGGGGAACUUAGUAAGUAAGAUUUCCUAGGUUUUAUAACAAUGAUAAAGCCAAGGAGUGUGAUAAUCUCUAUCUGAUGCUUCUUUUACCAGAUUUCAUGCUUAAAAACUUUAGGCAUAUUACAAAAAAAUCUGGCAUUACACAUAUAAGAUACUUAGUAUACAUUGGUUGCUUCAUUCCAAAAGUAAUAAUACCUUUUUGAUUUAACAAAACUUAACAAUUCAUUAGUAUACAAAGAGUAAACAUGGCUAUAUACAGUAGAUACAAAUAUACAUGGCUUACAGAUGCAGA